UGUCAAAUUGAGUUUUUUUUUGUUAAAUUCAGGUAGAACCAGAUUUAAUUUUAAAUCUAAUUUCCGGUGUAAUUUAGUAUAAUUCGAUUUAGGAAAAAAAAUAUGUUUGAUCCCAUCGGUUCGGAAUUUGUUCUGUCAAACCGGACCAAACCGGUAACUAAGUGAUUUUGAAAUGUUGUCGAUCGGUUGAAUCUAAAUACCGACCAGAACCAAUAACCAAAAGGUUAGGUUUGGUUGAAAUCCACUUGUCAUAACGGUCAGGUUAGGUCGAUUAUUACUUUAUUGGUCCCGGUGAUAACAUUCCUAGCCUCAACUAGGAAUAUACUUGCAUGAGAAAGGGGUUAAGCAAAGACCUAUGAUCAAAAUGUUGAUAACUUUUUGGAACACAUAUUCGAGCAUUAGUACAAGUAAUGAACGAUCUCGGCAAGCUACUAAAACUAGUUUACUCAUGUAUAAUAAAAUAAAAGGAUGUGCUUUGUAACAUGCUAAAGCCAUACCUUUCCCAAAUCUCAAAUCGCUUUCUUCUUUAUGAAUCCAAGAACAAAAGGAUGUGCUUAUAUAAACAUUUGAAUCUUGGAGCUUAGCUAACAAAAAAGGAUUACUGUUGUUAGUAAAUAAAACGCGAAACCAAAACAAUCAUGGCGAUUAAUGGAUAUGAAUAUGGAGCUUCAUCAAGAAAGCGAAGAUCUCUGUACCACAACCUUGGAGGAGGACACUUUGCUGAUAUAAUGUUCUGGAAAAACAAGAAAGAAUCAGGAACAAUCUUGGCGGUUUUCACAUUGAUAUGGUUCUUAUUCGAAGUGGUUGAAUAUCCUUUCAUCACUUUCCUCUGCCAGAUCCUCUUGAUCUCCAUCUUCAUAUUCUUCAUUUGGUCUUACAUUGGCUCUUCACAACUAAUCAAGAGGCGACCACCAAGUAUUGACGAUCUAAAGAUCUCGGAAUCAACUUGGAGACUCUUGUUCGACAAGAUAAACUGGUUCAUCAUCAAACUGUAUGAUGUUUCAAGUGGAACAGACUUUAGACUCCUAGUCUUGGCCGUUGUUUCACUGUGGAUAUUAUCAGUCGUUGGAAACUAUUUCAGCUCUCUGACGCUCUUAUACAUUGUAUUUGUGGGACUGGAGACGAUACCGAUGCUGUAUGAGCUAUACGAAGAAGAGCUGAACUAUGCAGCAAGUAAAAGCGGGAUGAACAUGAAGAAGCUCUUUGAUAACUUCAACUCUAAAGUCAUUAACAAGAUCCCUAAAGCUACUGGUAAAACUAAGAGGCGUAUGUAACGUUAUGUACUAUCAAUAUUAUGAAUCAUCACAUGUUACAUCAAAAAUUUGUAUGUCUUUGUUCACGUAAUCAUGAAUGCUCAUCAGAAAUUCAUAAUAUAUAGGAUUAAUUGAGUGUGUGUUCUUCUCCCUAUUGAAUCGGGGGAAUGACGUGAAAUAGCCCAAAGUUUAAUUUAAUUAGUUUAUUAUCUUGGUUUGGUAGGGAGCCUAUUCUCUGGGUGUGGAGUGUGGACCAUUGAUUUAGGAAACUCACCAUUUUUGUUGUUCCUACGUCUCCUCUCUCCAACCCUUUUUGUUAUUUCCUUUUCAUCCUUUACUUGAAUGAUGGAUGACCUUCCAUGAUCAUAACUUGGAAGACAAUUUAGACAAGAGUCUAGCAGUUAGAAUCUUGGUAUAAUCAGUGCUAUUUUCUUUUUGAAACGGAAAUCAAGUGUAUGCCCUUCAGCCAUUCAAUCAAAUCUCUUCCAUCUCUAUUCUCAAACAAACCAUAAACUCUACCAAUUCAUUGAGCUGUCACUUCGGAUAAAGAAUGUAAUACAGAUUCAACAAAGGCAAAAGGCAUAUGUGCACAAAGUUUGUCUACUUGUAAGCUACUUGCUUGCUUAACCUACUUUUCUAAUCAGGCCAUUUUGUUUAUCGUAUGGUAAGCAGAAGCAAAGAGUCAGUAUAAGUAUAAAGCACCAAGCGUUUUAUGUAACCAUUAAUACAAAAUUAUACUAUGCAAUGGUUAAGACAUUCACCGGAGUCUAUAUAAAUGUCUUAACAACACAUUAAAAAAAAACAAAAUAGGUAUUGCAUUCUAAAAACAUAAAUUUAAAAAGAAGAAGAAAAAAAAAAA